AUGUCCUCCGCGGCGCCUGUGGUGCCGGAGAACCCGGUGGCAUCAUCACCACCCCCCGUGAAGGCGGAUGGGGAUAGGACGUCUUCUGUGGCCAGCAAUGGCGGUGUCGGCGGACACACGGCGGAUGCCAGCGGCGAGUCUAAUGGGCAACGGCCGGAGUCCGCGAGCAGCGGCAGCCAGCAGCAAAAAAAGAGACGAGUCAUCGAGGACGACGACGAUGACGACGACGACAACGACCCCCCGCCCAGCCACAAGCCACGUCCUGCCGCGGCGUCGCCGGUCGGUGCAGGCGGCGGCGGCCGCGGCGGCGGCGGGGGCAACGGUAGCCUGGCUGGUGCCAAAAAGGCAAGCGGGAUGAACGGCAGUUCUUCUUCGCACUCCGGAGACCGACAGCACACGGAGAAGAGGAAGAUUGUCGCGGGGCCGCCUAGCAAGGGAGGAGGGGGGGCGACAGCGGGGCUUGGCUCGCCGGCGGGAUCUUCAAAGCACCCGGCAAGCGGAGGCAAUCACGACGACGAGGACGAGGAUGACGACACUCCGAUCGCGUUGAUGAUGAAGAAGCCUAAGGCACCCGGUGCCGGCUCUAGCGGGAUCGCCGGCAGCAAGGGCAGCGCCAACAACAUAGUCCCCAACAAGAUUGGUGGCUCCAAGAACGGCACGAAGAGCGGCGGCGGGUCCUUGAAGCCAGCCUUCACGAUCCCGAAAAAGCACGAGUACGACGACGACGACGACUUCGAGCACAAGCCGCCCAAGAAAAAGCGGCCGGAGGACUUCACCAGGGACCCGGCCAAGGUCGCCAGGAAACGCAAGCUGCAGGAGGAGGAGGAGAGGAGGAUCAAGGAGGAGGCGCGCGAAAAGAAGCGGCGGAACACGCAAGGCUCUUCUUCUUCCGCCAAGGCCAAGGCCAAGGUCAAGGCAGAGCCCAGCGGCCGCCGAGGCGCCGCCAGCCAGUCGCGGGCGCCGCCGCCGCGACCCAAGGCGCAGGCGAAGGACAAGGCGCCGAAGGGGUUCAAGGAGAUGACUACUCGCGCGGAGAAGAUCGAGAAGGCGAUGAAGGUCUACAUGUGGUGGGAGGAGCCCGCGCACGAGCCCGGCAAGCAGUGGGACUCGCUCGAGCACAACGGCGCCCACUUCGCCCCGGAGUACAAGCCGCACGGUGUCAAGCUCAAAUAUGACGGCAAGGAGGUGCACCUGACGACCCAGCAGGAAGAAGUCGCGACUUUCUACGCCAGCAUGCCCCUUGACGGCCCUCAGCUGGCGGAGCAGGGCAAGGUGUUCAACAAAAACUUUUUCACAGACUUUAAGGCGGUCCUAGGGAAGGGGCACGUCAUCAAGGACUUCAAGCUGCUCGACUUCUCGGCCAUCCGCGCCCACCUGGACAUCACCAAGCAGAUCAAGCUAGCCGCCACCGACGGGGAGAAGGCCGCUGCCAAGACUGUCAAGGAGGAGCUCGUGCACAAGUACAGCUACGCCAUCGUUGACGGCCACCUGGAGAAGGUGGGCAACUACAACGUCGAGCCUCCCGGCCUGUUCCGGGGGCGAGGGGAGCACCCCAAGACGGGCAAGCUCAAGGCGCGGGUGACGGCCUCCGACAUCGCCAUCAAUUGCGCAGAGGGGGUUUGCGUCCCGCGGUGUAACAUGCCCGGGUACGCCUGGCAGUCCGUGCAGCACAACCCGUCGGCAACGUGGCUGUCCAAGUGGGACGGCCUGCUAGCGGGCACGAAGUACAUGAUGCUGGCUGCCAGCUCGUCGUUCAAGGGCAAGAGCGACAUGGCCAAGUACGACAAGGCCAUGAAGCUCAAGGGCUUCAUCGAGAGGAUCCGGACGGACUACGUCAAGAAGCUCAGCAGCUCCGACAGACGCACCAAGCAGAUCGCGACCGCGGUGUGGAUCAUCGACAAGCUGGCCCUCCGUGUGGGCGGCGAGAAGGGCCAGGACGAGGCGGACACCGUUGGCUGCUGCUCCCUCCGGACGGAGCACCUUACCUUCCACGCCACGAACAACGAGAUCGACCUCGAGUUCCUGGGUAAGGACUCCAUGCUCUUCAAGGAGACUAUCGACUUCGACAGGUACGGCGAUGUCGGCCGGCGGGUGUUCAAGAACCUGCAGGCGUUCUGCAAGGGCAAGCGCCAGUCCGAAGAAGUCUUCGACUACCUGGACCCGAGCAUCCUCAACCUGCACCUUCAGUCGCUCAUGCCGGGCCUUACGGCGAAGGUGUUCCGUACCUACAACGCCUCCGACACCCUACAGCAGAAGCUUCCUGGAGAAGCCGCCCUCGCCGGGCUGUCUGUAGCGGAGAAGGUCGCUCUAUACAACCUAGCCAACAGGGAGGUGGCUAUCCUGUGCAACCACCAGAGGACCGUGAGCUCGGCGCAGAAGGAAGGUCUCGAGAAGCAGCGCGACCGCCUCGCGAUGCUCACCAAGCAGAAGCAGGAGCUGAAGCAGAUGCUGAGAACCAUCAAGAGCGGAAAGGGGUCGGUGCCGCUCAAGUCGAACGACAAAUCCCAGGAAGAAAGUGCCGUGAGGGCCCUCGAGAAGGCCAAGAAGGCCAAAGCCAACGCGAAGACCAACGCAGAGAAGGUGGCGGCGACAAAGGCUGGCGAGACUGCGAAGGCCUUACGGAAAGCGGCGCAACAGGCUAGGCAGGAGGCGAUGCACCUGUUUGCCAAGAACCCCAGCGCGGAGAGUGUGGAGGAGCGCAUCAAACGUUGGGGCGACAAGAUCAAGAAGCUUCAGAUCGUCAUCCGGGAUCGUGACGACAACAAGGAGGUAUCGCUGAGCACGUCCAAGAUCAACUACAUGGACCCUCGCGUGUUCGCGAAGACUCUGCAGAACAAGUUCGUGUGGGCGAUGAACGUGCCCCCUGACUGGAACUUCUCGUACGAGACUCUCUACAACUCCAAACAGAGCGUGUUGGACGUUCCUCGCCCCCCGGGCGGCGCAUCGCCGAAAAAUCCGGAGGUGAAGGGUAAGGGUAAGGCGAAGAAGGUCGAAGACGACGAUGACGACAACAACAACAGCAGCAGCAGCAGCGGGGAAGAAGAGAGCGGUAGCAGCAGCGGCAGCGGCGAGGAGGAGAGCAGCAGCGGGGAGGAAGAGAGCGGUAGCGGCAGCAGCGGGGAAGAGGAGAGCGGUAGCAGUGGAGAAGAGGAGAGCGGCAGCGAGUCGUCGUCCGGGGAAGAGGAGGGGGAGGAAAGCAGCGACGAUGAUGAUGAUGAUGAUGACGAAGCGUCCUCGUCGGGCAAGAAGAGGCGAGGCAGUGGGGGGGGCGGUGGAAGCGUGUCGAAGAAGCCGCGUAGACCGACGAUAGAAGAUGAUGAGGAGGAGGAGGAGGAGGAGGAAGAGGAUGGCGACAGUGACUUUGACGCGUGA